AUGGAGACCACUCUGAGAAAUGUUCUGAUGAAAAUCCUUGAGGACCUUAUAGAAGAGGAACUCAAGAAGUUCAAAUUCCAGCUGGAAGACCCUCCCUUGAAGGAGUUUGGCCCCAUGCCCAGGGGCCAACUUCAUCCUGCUCAGGCUGUGGAUUUGGCAGAAUUACUGAUCGGGCACUAUGGGGUAAACUAUGCAGUAGAAGUGACCAAAGCAGUUCUUGAAAUUAUAAACCACCGAGACCUUGCUGAGAAGCUGGAGCAAGCCAUUGAAAAAGCUGUAAAAUCCCAAAAAACAGAAGAUCCUGACCAGGAUGAUCAGGGACCAGAAGAUCCCAACAGAAAGUCACAAAAAGAAAACCCAGUUUCACAGCCUCUUGGAGAAGCAACGAGCAACGAUUAUAGAGAUAUCUACAUAGCUCACUUGAGAGAAAAGAUGCAGGCUAUGGAUGAAGAAGAUGCGCCCUUCAGGCCCAGUCAAGGGUACCUCCAGCUUCAACUGGAACCUCUGAGGCAGUGCAAUUCAAGCAGCAUCAGUCUUGAAACACUGUUUGAUUCUGAUACAAACACACCCAAUGCUCCUCAGACUGUAGUGCUGCAGGGGCCUGCGGGCAUUGGAAAGUCAACCCUUGCUAGGAAAGUCCUUCAGGGCUGGGUAGCUGGCUCUCUGUAUCCUGACAGGUUUGAUUAUACCUUCUACAUUGGCUGCCAAGAAGCGAGCCUUCUGAGGGAAAAAAGUGUGGACCAUCUCAUCACUGUGUUGUGUGGGAAUAACAAUGCUCCCGUUACUGACAUUCUCAAGCAACCACAGAAACUCUUAUUUGUUCUGGAUGGCCUUGACGAGCUACAGUUCCUUUCUGCUGAUCAAAGUACCCAUUUCCAUUCUAGAGUCAAAGAAAAGGAAUCUGUGCAUUUCCUCCUGGGUGGUUUAAUCCAAAAGGAGCUGCUGCCACAGUCAACACUGCUCAUCACAAUUAGGCCCCCAGCUCAGGAGAAGCUAGGACCUUGGCUGAUGCAUCCACGCUAUGUCAAGGUACUAGGCUUCUCCCAGAAGCAGAAGAAGGAGUAUUUUUACUUGUAUUUCAUGAAUGGAGACCUGGCAAAGAAAGCCUUUGAUUUUGUACAAACAAACAAGGCCAUCUCUGAUGAGUGCUGUGCCCCUCUCAUGUGCUGGAUCAUCUGCUCCUGGAUGAAGCAGCGGCUGAAACAAGGCAAGUCUCCCACCAAGGCCCUCAAGAACAGGACUGACAUCUACAUGGCUUAUAUUUCCACAUUUCUGCCAACUGGGAAAAGUUUAUCCAAGCCCACUCAGCACGUUGCCCUGCAAGGCCUGUGCUCCUUGGCCACAGAAGGCAUCCAGAGGCAGAAGAUCCUGUUCACAGAGGGAGACCUGAGGAGGCACAGCUUAGAUGGAGUGGACACCUCCUUUGUCCUGAAUGUGAGUAGUUCCAAAGCAGGGCUCGGUGGCACAAUGUUGUAUAGCUUUAGACAUCUUAGCUUCCAGGAGUUCUUCAAUGCCAUGUUCUACCUGCUGGAGGAGAAGAUUUCUGACAAGGAAAGCCAGAAUCUGAAGCAGCUGAUGGAGAAACAGGAGACAUCAGGGACUGUGCAGUUUCUCCAUGAACUUCUAAAGAAAGAAAAUGAAAAGAAUCUGGAGUUAAAGUUCAACCUCCGAGUCUCACUGCCACUAAAGAAGGAGGUGGAGAUGUUAAGAAGGCGAGUGGAGGGAGUGAGAAAUACUCUAUCCCAGAUACGUAGGAACUGUGAAGAAAGACUGCCCAAGAAGCCAAUUUCUGCCUCUUUUCAAAUGAACACUAAUUCUUGA